AUGGAAGUAGAGGUCGAGGACAAAACCAAGUCAUUCCAGUUGACGAGGGGCAACUGGGGCUUUACGUGGCAGACGGGCAAUAAGGCCCCGCACUACCGCCGCCUGCACGUGCGCCUCCAGUCUGUCCGCCACACUUUCUAUUCCAACAACAGCCCCGACAUUGCCUUUCCUCACCCGCCUCACCUGCCCAUUGAUCGAUCUCUCGCCCGCCCACACGACGUCCAAUCCAAAACCUCAGAAACAAUGUCAACGCCCAUGAUGAGCAGGGUGGCUACCAGAACCCCCGCCAAGUCAACACCCCAGGUUCAAAGCGCUGCGCCCGUCGUCGACAGUCCCGGCACCUGGAGACACCCACGGAUUGACGAGAUCUCCAGGCGGCGCAACGCGACAACAUUCUCGGAGAAGAACGUCAGAAAAGUCGCUCAGAAUGUGGCUUUCUUCGUUGCUCUCUGGGUAGCCCAGGCCUUGGUCCAGCGCUACAUCAGCCACAAGCUAGUUUCAGAGUCGACGAGGUCGAUCCUCGGAUGGGCCUACUUGGUCCUGAAGACCAUUCCGAUCGCCAACUCCGUCACCGCCUUGCUUCCACUGUUCCGCACGACCGACGACCUCAGCGAUAUCCCCCUCUCCGCCGCCCAGCGCCAGCUCCUCGGACUGCCCCCCGGACCGAAGGUCGCCACGCCUGACGCCGUCUUCAGCACGCCGCCGCGCUACUCGAGGACCCCGUCACUUGCAGGUUCGCCAGCGAGCAACCGCAGCUAUGCGAGCUCGCCGCUGUCCGGACGUGGCAGCCCUGCCUUCGGAGGCAACCUCAACGGCUCGUCUUUCUCGCCGGCCAGCAGCCCUUCCAAGUUCGCCGGUGGGCUGAACGAGAACCGCCGCUCCUCUUUCGGGUCUCCUAGCCCUCUGCCUUCCAGCGGCUCCUCUGGCCUCUUCGCUGACCCCACGUCGCCCAGCCCGUCGACAAGCAAGCGCACAAGUGUCGGACUCAACAACAAGUGGCUGUACGAGCGAGGAAGGCGGUCCUCGACGUCGCUUAGGUGA